CCAAAAUCUCCCCACUUCUCUCGGAGUUGUGGUUUCUUAUUAUGGGAGUUCAUGUCUGGCUAGGGGGGAAACGAAUUCGGCCACAUCUCCGGGUCGAUCCACUAGAGGAUUUACGGUGUGUGGGAGAGGCCCAUGGAGGUGCACAACGAGGUAGAUGGAUCAGGUGUACCCCUGGCCGUGCUCCUCAAGCGAGAGAUGUGCAACCAGAAGGUGGAGAAACCGGAUAUCCUGUUCGGGGAGGCGAGCAAGAGCAAGAAAAGGGAGGACUUCGUGCUUCUCGUGGCCAAUUGCCACCGCACUCCAGGCGAGGGCCCCGGUGACAAUGCAGGCGGCGACGACACCAUCUCGAUGUUUGUGAUUGUUGAUGGCCACAACGGACCUGCGGCUGCAGUAUACACUAGGGAGAAUCUCCCAAACAAUGUGUUAGCUGCUAUUCCUCCAAAUCUUACAAGUGAGGAGUGUACAGCGGCAUUGCCAAGGGCACUAGUUGCAAGUUUUGUUAAAACAGAUAAAGACUUCCAAACAAAAGCUGCACGCUCAGGAAUCACGGUGACUUAUGUUAUAAUAGAUGGAUGGGUUGUCACUGUAGCAUCAGUUGGUGAUUCGCGUUGUAUUCUAGAAUCUGCUGAAGGUUCAGUUUACUUCUUGUCUGCUGAUCACCGCCUGGAUGCCAAUGAGGAGGAGGUGGAGCGUGUAACAGCAAGUGGUGGCGAAGUUGGGAGAAUAAAUGUUGCUAGAGGUGCUGGGAUCGGUCCACUAAGAUGUUGGCCAGGCGGAUUGUGUUUGUCAAGGUCAAUUGGUGAUACCGACGUUGGAGAAUACAUAGUUCCUGUCCCCCAUGUGAAGCAACUAUCCAAUGCCGGAGGGCGGCUUGUCAUUGCUAGUGAUGGUGUGUGGGAUGCAUUGCGCUUUCAAGAAGCCCUGAACUACACCAGGGGGCUGCCAGCUGAAGCUGCUGCGAAUCGAGUUGUUAAAGAAGCUGUGAGCUCAAAAGGACUACGAGAUGAUACUACCUGCAUAGUAGUCGACAUAUUACCUCCAGAAAAGCUAAGCCCUCCAUUGAAGAGGCAUGUGAAAGGAGGCAUCAAAGCAUUAUUCCGAUGGAGGCCCUCAGAUGAAUUGUCUGAAGAACAGACAGACAAUGGGUGUUUUGAACCUGAUGUUGUAGAGGAACUAUACGAAGAGGGGUCUGCAAUGCUUGCUCAAAGGUUGAAUGUAAACUAUCCAACCGGAAAUAUGUUCAAGCUGCAUGAUUGUGCAGUCUGCCAAUUGGAGAUGAAACCUGGUGAGGGUGUCUCUGUUCAUGGCAACAUGCCGAAGCAUCAUUCACGGGUUAACCCCUGGGGCGGUCCUUUCCUCUGUUCAUCCUGCCAAGUGAAAAAGGUGGCAAUGGAAGGGAAGCUGCAUUUGUGA